ACGCUGGUGGUGUGGGCCUGUGUGAGAUGGUUCAACACCUGCAGAUAUGGGACUACAUCAGUGUGUCGGGGACCAGCAAGGACCGCAUCGUCGAGCAUGCUGACCAACUAUCGGAGCACUUUAAGACGCCUAUUAAGAUCAUCCGCUGCCACUACCUGGCACCCAAAGUGCCCGGCUACAGUGUGGAGAUGUGGGAGAAGACCUUGAUGGAAUAUGAAUAUCCUUAUGGGUCAGAGUGGAACAAAAUGUUUACAGAGGGAAAGUUCUUGGACCCCCGCACCCGUCCCCCGCCCUAUGUAGAGCACAGGGCCAAGGCCGACAUCACCCUACGAUAAAUCACUCCAGAAUUUAAGUGAUGUGCUUGAGGGCUGCUGAUGCUAAUGACGUGCCAGAGUACUGCUGGUGCCAGUGAUGUGCCAGAGUAGUAAUGAUGCCCGUGAUAUACCACAGUGUAUCUGAUGCCAUUGAUGUUCUAAGGUGCUACUUGAACCAGUCAUGUGCCACGGUGUAUAUAUAUAUAUAUAU